GAGCACAGCAACCUUUGCUUUUUCUCGGUGCACACACACACACACACACACACACACACACACACACACACACACACACAGGUAGCUACUGUGAGGUUGAUCAAUUGUUGUGUGAGGACAAUAUCCGAACCGGACGGAGAUAAUGGCGGAGACGGUGCUGAGCAUGGCGAGGUCCAUGCUGGGCGGUGCCAUUAGCAAGGCCGCCUCUGCCGCUGCCGACGAGAUGAGCCUCCUCAUGGGUGUGCGCAAGGAUAUUUGGUAUAUGUGCACAUGCACUUCUUUUUUCAUCAAAGACGAGCUAGCAACGAUGCAAGCUUUCCUGGUGGCCGCUGAAGGUAUGGAGAAGAAAGACAUGCUACUCAAGGUGUGGGCAGAGCAAGUAAGGGAGCUGUCAUACAAUAUUGAAGAUUGCCUCGGUGAAUUCAUGGUGCAUGUGGCAAGUCAAAGCUUGUCACAGAAGCUUAUGAAGCUCAAAGAACGACAUCGAAUCGCAGUGCAAAUCCACGAUCUCAAAUCAAGAGUCGAAGAAGUCAGCAACAGGAACACACGCUACAAUCUGAUUGAGAAGAACCAAAUUACCAGAACCAUUGAUGAGAGGGAUUCUUGCAUGGAAGAUAUCCGCAACCAUUCAGCUAGCAACAUAGAUGAAGCAGGACUUGUGGGGUUUUCCAAGCCCAAACAAGAGUUGAUAAAGCUUAUAGAUGUCCAUGCCAAAAAUGGUCCUGCUCAGGUAGUAUGCGUCGUCGGCAUGGGCGGUUUGGGUAAGACUACUCUUACCAGGAAGGUUUAUGAAAGUAUGGAGAACUUUUCUUGUUGUGCUUGGAUCAUUGUCUCGCAAUCAUUUGUCAGGAUGGAGCUUCUCAAGGUUAUGAUCAAAGAAUUUUUUGGCAAGGAAGCAUUGAAGAAGCAACUUGAAGGUAAUGUAGUUCGAGAAGAGGACCUCGCCAACUAUCUGAGGAAAGAGCUGCUUGAAAAGAGGUACUUUGUUGUACUUGAUGAUUUGUGGAACAUCGAUGAUUGGAACUGGAUAAAAAAUAUUGCUUUUCCGAGUAGUAACAACAAAGGUAGCCGAAUAUUGGUAACAACACGUGAUGUUGGUUUAGCUAAGAAGUGCUCAUUGGAAUCUUCCAUACCACUUAUCUACCACCAUAAACCCCUAGAAACAAAUGAUGCCAUAUAUUUGCUAUUAAGGAAGACUAGGAGAAGUGAGAAGGACAUGGAUAAUGAUGUGAAAAUGAGGGAAAUAGUUACCAAGAUAGUCAAAAAGUCAGGACUGUUAUCACUAGCUAUUCUCACAAUAGGAGGCAUGCUUGCCACUAGAGAGGUUAGUGAAUGGCAAAGUAUUUACAACCAGAUCCCCUUAGAGCUAGAGAGCAACCGAAGUCUUGAAGCAAUGAGGAGGAUGGUUACCCUAAGUUACAACCACUUGCCUUCUCAUCUGAAGUCAUGUUUUCUAUAUUUAAGCAUAUUUCCUGAGGAUUUUGAAAUUCAAAGGAGGCGUGUGGUAGAAAGAUGGAUAGCCGAGGGGUUUGUUAUCGUCAGGGAUGGGCUAAGUGCUGAGGAGGUUGGAAAUAGUUACUUUGAUGAUCUAGUCAACCGAAGCAUGAUUCAGCCAUCAAGAGUGAACAUAGAAGGGGUUGUAAAGAGCUGCCGAGUCCAUGAUAUCGUUCGCGAUGUCAUGAUAGCAAUUUCUAGAGAUGAGAAUUACGUGUACGUGGCAGGGAAUAAUUUGACUAGUGUUGUAAAUAAGACCUUCCGCCAUGUAGCAUACCAUGGUAUCAUGUGCCAAAAUAUUGGCAUGGAUUGGAGCCACGUACGGUCAGUAACUGUGUUUGGUGAGAGAUCAUUGGGGCCAUCACCUUUAGUUUGUUCACUUGACAUGAGAAUGCUCAGAGCCUUAGAUCUAGAGAAUGCACAAUUUCAAGUCACACAGAAGGAUAUCAGCAACAUAGAAUUAUUGCGCCACUUGAAGUAUGUGAAUUUUUCUAAUCCUCAAGGAUAUUCAUAUAUUUAUAAACUUCCUAGAUCCAUAGGAAAAUUACAAAACUUGCAUACUUUGAACAUAAGAAACAGUCAUAUUACCACACUACCAACCGUGAUCUGUAAUCUCAAGAGUCUAUGCAGUGUCCGUUGUACCAGAGUUAGGUCCUACAGAUGGUUUGACCUGGAUGAACCUAGGAAAUGCUUGGUGAACACACUUUGUCUGCCCAUACUGUUCACACCUUUGGUUGAUCCUAGUGAACAUCCCGAGGUAGUUGCCGAGCUACACAUGUCAUGGUCUAGCCGUUGGUCAGAGUCAGAUGGUGUGAGGUUGCCAAAAGGAAUCGGCAAACUGAAAGAGCUGCAAAUACUAGAGGUUGUGGACAUCAGCCGAACUAGUGGCAAUGCAAUUAAAGAGCUAGGUUGGCUUAUGCAGCUGAAAAAACUGAGCGUGGUAACAAAAGGGGCCACCAAGCUGAAAUGCAAGGUACUGUGUGAUGCCAUUCAGAAGCUCACUUGCCUCCGCUCCCUUAAAGUGGACGGUUCACUCGAGUGGCUGCAUGAUGUUUCCUCUCCUCCUCCCCUGUUGAGGAGUCUGAAGUUGUCUGGACGCCUCGGAGAGAUCCCUGGCUGGUUUGGCAAUCUGACGCAUUUGGUCAAGCUUUACUUAUCGGAAAGCGCAAUAAUGGAAAUACUAGUGCCACUUCCCAACCUCAUGCACCUUCGUCUUGGAAGGGGCUCUUAUAUCGGGGAGAAGUUGGCGUUCAAAACGGGGGCAUUCCCAAAUCUCAAGAAUCUGGAUAUUUGGGGUCUGUGGGGACUGAGGGGGUUGAAAUUUGAGGAACUUUAUAUUGUGGGUCUGACGGAACUGAGAGAGGUGAAAUUUGAGGAUGGCACCUCACCCAAGCUGGAAUUGAUGCGUAUCGCUAAUUGCGUGUUGAGAUCAGGAAUUAUUGGAGUCAACCAGCUUCCAAAGCUCAAGCAGAUCUCACUUGGUCCCUAUGGUCAAGUGGCGAAGCUUGCUAUGCUGCAAAGUGAAGUGGGCGCCCACCCCAACAGUCCCGUGCUGCGACUGUUCAAUGAACGGAGCUACCAUGAUCUGGGGGACGUCGUCGUCCAAGUGGAAGAAGCAACGGAGGAAUCAUCAUCUCUCCAUCCUGAGCCUGCAGCAGCGGGAGGGAGCUCACGGUCCCAAGCGGUGGGCAUGGCCGCGGCAAACAUCAGCCAAGAUGAUGUGCUUUACACUUACAACUCCUGCUGACUGAAUCCGAGCAAGCCUCCUACCAGUUCCACUUCCACCGUGUAACACAACUGAUUCAGCUGGGCACCCAGGAGCACUACCAAGCUGCGUUGUUCAUCCUAUUGUCGAGAGUUACAAGAUGGGACACAACUUCUUUUUAUUUUUGCUGGGAAGAUGGGAUCCAACUUGAAGAGAGGCCAGAUGGUAUAUCCAUAUGGCAGAACAUCAAGAUGGUAUUUCCUUCUAAAAAUCAGUAUGGGUAGAGCAAGCAACGGAGGAAUCAUCUCCACUUCCAUGGCCUACAGCAGCGGGAGAGAGCUCUUCGCAGGUGGUCAUCCUCCUGUGAACCAAUAGCAUUAAGAGUGCAAGUGGAGGAAGCAAGUGCAGCAGCGGAGGAAGUCGUCAUGACGACGGGGAGCGACAAGUCAGCUAUGAGGAUGAUCUGCGCUGAAGACCAGUUUGUAGCCUUGACGAGUCUCCCACCUCUCUCGCUCAGGAGCUGUUGCUCGUUUGCACUUGUUGCUGAUAAUUCACAAACAAUCAAGGUCUUUUUGUGCACACCAACUGUUCUCUGUUCAUCUCAAUGUCUGUAAGAAGUUAGAAUUUCGGAAAUCCGGGAAAAGCUGGAGUGUGGCAUGACAAAAAUCAUGGUGCAAUAAAUGCAACUUAAUUAUGGCACAUUACCUGAAUUUCGGCUGAAGGUUGUAUAAUUAGAAAGGAGCCAACUGGAGGGAGGUAUAAUCCAUGGAAGUACCAGAGGAACCUUGAUGUCUAGCAAGAGCUGAAGCAACUCCCGCAUAUGAGGAUUGAGAAGGGUGCUUGAGAAGGACACCGAUUGUUCUGAAGUGUGAAAUGUGAUCACACUGAUAACUGCUGGGGAGAAGACGUGGAUAAUGCAAUGGACUACACCACACGAGAUGUUGCUGCUACUUAAGCUGCAUAUACGUACUGUUAUGCUGCAAUGGCCACCAAUUUCAGCCAUCCAAGUUCUCUACCGUGUGCUGGCUCUGAUAUGGUGCAAUGUAAAGCUAAGAGGGAUCUCGACUUCUAAUGGAGGGGAGUAGCAAGUUGCAACCGUUGGCCCAGAUGAAAAAUGGCUUUUGACCAACCUGAUGAGAACACCUGCAAUUUUGAAUGCGGACUUACUUUGUUUUCUAGUACUCUGUUUUUCCAGACAUGUUUAGUUCCUCUUUGUUACGUUGCUGCCACUAUGAUUGUGCUUGUGUGUAAUUAAAGAAUGAGGAUUAAAAAUGCUUUUAUCCAAGUUCCUCAAAUUUAAGAAUCUGUUCGAGUUCUCU